UUGGAGGCAAAUUAGGUUCUAAUCCACAAUCCAGAGAUUUGGUUUUACAGUUAGUGGAAAGAAUUCUAUCUGCCCCUAAGGCUCGCACUAUUUUAGUAAAUGGUGCUGUUAGGAAGGGAGAACGUUUGAUGCCACCUUUGGCACUCGACCUGCUUUUACGUGUGACCUUUCCUGCAUCUUCAGCUCGGGUCAAGGCAACAGAAAGGUUUGAGGCAAUAUAUCCCACCCUUAAAGAGGUGGCUCUUGCUGGUUCCCCUGGAAGCAAAGCCAUGAAGCAAGUUUCGCAACAGAUACUGACCUUUGCCAUGAAAGCAGCUGGUGAAGGCAUCCCUGAGCUAUCGCGGGAAGCAACUAGCAUUUUUAUCUGGUGCUUGACUCAAAACCCUGAUUGCUAUAAGCAGUGGGACAAGAUUUAUAUUGACAAUUUAGAAGUCAGUACUGUGUUUCUGAGAAAACUUAAUAAGGAAUGGAAGGAGCUAUCUGUAAAACAUUCUUCUCUGGAGGCUCUGGGGCAAACUCUAAAGAGUUUCAGGCACAAGAAUGUGGAAGCAUUGGCUGGUGAUGAAGAGGAUGCUGCUCGUCUGGCACUUUUCAAGGAGGCAGACAAGCAUAGCAAGGUGAUAUUGGGAAAGCUAUCACGUGGGCAUGGAUGUGUGAAAAGCAUGGCUUUUGUCAUCAUUGCACUGGCUGUUGGGGCUACUCUCGUGUCCCCGAGCAUGGAAUCUUGGGAUUGGAACAAAUUUUCUGUUCUGUUCAGCGCCCACCAGUCGUCCUAA